AUGGCCAGAAGCAGCAAGCACCGCACACACACACACUCGCACACACAUCCCCCACAAUGGGCACAAGAUAGCAGACUGUCCAAACAAGGCAACCUGCUUCGUCUGCGCCGGGAGAGGCCGAGAGGACAGAGGCCAUCAAUCGGGAAGCCGGCAGUGUCCCUUCUCGAAGCUAGGAGAGGUAGCCGGAACAAGAGGAUCGAAGUGAUCCAGCUCAAUCUGAAUCACUGUAGGGCCGCACAGGACCUGCUCCUGCAGACGGUGAGAGAACUCAAAUCGGACCUGGCCAUACUCAGCGAGCCGUACAAAUCAGGUGACAACGAAUCCUGGGCGACCGACAGAACAGGGAAGGCAUCCCUGUGGGCAUGUGGAGGCGAUCCCUGCAAACUCAGCAAUGUGCUGGCAGGGGACGGAUUUGUGCGCGCGAGAGCUGGCAACCUAUGGGUAUACAGCUGCUACCUAGCGCCCAGUCUACCCCUCGAGUCCUUCGCCCGAAUCAUUGAGGAACUAGCUGAAGACGCAAGAAACCGCGGGGCAGUCCUAAUCGCCGGGGACUUCAACGCGUGGGCACACGAGUGGGGCUGUCGAGUCACCAACGCAAGAGGCCGAAUCCUGCUAGAAACUUUAGCAUCGCUAGACCUAGCGCUGCUGAACGAGGGCUCCCAGCAAACCUUCUGCAGGGGUAGCGCUGGGUCAAUCAUUAACCUAACGUUCGCGAGCCCUUCGCAGCUGCGCAAUGCAAGGUGGCGAAUAGGAGACGUGUACACCGGUAGCGACCACGAAGACAUAGUAUGCACCAUUGGCGAACGCCCCAGACCCAGCAGAUCAAGCGCAAGGAGCAAAGCCUACAUCGUGGACACGCUCAACACCAGCGCUCUGGCUAGAAGCCUCGAGACGUGGGAGGCCCUCGGGGACACAAGUGCCAACGAAUCGGCCAACCAGCUCGCCUUGCGAAUGGAGGAGGCCUGUGACAGGAGCAUGAGACAGCGGAAGCCAUUCAUACGGCACCACGAGCCAAUCGUGUGGUGGAACGCCGACAUCGACAGGCUCCGGACAACGUGUCUAAGGGCCAGACGAGCAGAGAGCGCGACGCACGACUCGGUUCGUCACAUCGCAUGAGGAGUAU